AUGAAGGACAAAGUUGCAGUAGUCACCGGGGGCAAUGCUGGCAUCGGAAUGGAGACAACCCGUCAACUGGCUCUGUGGGGUGUACACGUUCUGGUCGGAUGCCGGCGAGUGGAGGAUGUGCAGAAAGUUGCAGAUAUUGUGUCGCAAGAGCAUGCCAGCAACAAGGAACGAGCGAAGCGCAAGGGCCAGGCAGCUCCGGUUGUCCCGGGAGAAAUUCAUGGCUUCUAUCUGGAUCUCUGCGAUUUCGACUCCGUUCGGCGCUUCGCGGGGUGGGCUCAUUCCGAGAGUCGCGGCAAAAUCGACAUCCUGAUGAACAAUGCCGGCCUGAUGUCCACUGACAAGUUGACCAUGGACAAGAAUACAGGUUUUGAGAGGCAUUUCGUCACAAAUCAGCUAGGGCCUUUCUUGCUAACCGAUCUUUUACUUCCUGCGGUGAAGGCAGCACACGGACGGAUUAUUACUAUCAGCUCAGCAGCCCAUGUGACGCGUAGCGCAACGUUCAGGCCGCUAGACGCUGCAUUAUCGCCUCAAGCUGCUGAAGCAGUGGCUGCAGCUAUGGGGCGGCCGCUCGCAGAAUUGCAGGGGGAGCCGAUAAGCGAAAAAAACUACGACUCCAAAAUAAUGUAUGGAACCACGAAGAUGGCAAACAUCUGGUUCACGAAGGAACUGCAGCGGCGGCUGGCUCAAGAUCCAAAAUGUCGUGUCACCGCGUACGCUGCUCAUCCAGGUCUCGUGAGGACAGGAUUGAUGCUCCGCUAUUCAGAGGGGCGCAUAACCUGGUACACCGCAGUGUUCGAGGCGGUAUACUCAAUGAUUGCUCCUCUGGUGCUGAAAACUGUUCGGCAGGGGGCUGCCACCCAGCUGUUGCUCUGUGUCAGUGACAAAGAAGAGCUUGAGCCCGGAGCAUACUACAAGGAUGGAAAAGCGAACUGGGUAGACUACCUUGCCCACGAUCUAGAGAAGCAGAAGGAACUGUGGGAAGUGAGCGAGAUUGUGUGUGGCCUACGAUGA